AUGGCUUUAAUUUCUCAUUCUGGUCUUUCAAAAGACCUUUCCUUAGUAUUAAAUAAUGCCGAUGAUUUUGAUGAUGAUUUUGAUGUUACUAUUCAAGUUGGUGAAAACGAAAAUAUGAAGGAAUUUAAAGCACAUUCGGUUAUUUUACGCGCUCGUUCUCAUUAUUUUAAAAGUGCUUUCAAAGCUAAAUGGACUACAAAGAAGGAUAAUAUUAUUAAGUUUUGUAAACCAAAUAUAACUCCAACUGUUUUUGAUAUGAUUUUAAAAUAUAUUUACACUGGUGAACUUAAUUUAACGGAAAAAUCGGGAGAGGAUAUUUUUGAAUUAUUAAUUGCAUCUGAUGAAUUACUUAUUGAAGAAUUAUUUAAUUAUGUUCAAGAUUAUUUAGUAGAAAAACGAUCAAACUGGAUUCAAAAAAAUAUCGGUCUUGUUCUUAGUUUCGCUUUCAAAAUUGGGCAAUCUAAUAAAUUACAAGAUAAUUGUCUUGAAUUUAUCUUUAAAGAUUCAGAAUCAUUCAUCAAUUCAGAAUCCUUUCUUUCAUUAGAUAAGGAUACUCUUCAUAUCUUACUUCAAAGAGAUGAAUUACAAAUUGAUGAAAUUAAUCUUUGGGAUCGUUUAAUUAAAUGGGGUAUUGAACAAACUCCUGGUCUUGGAAGUGAGAAUACUGAUAAAUCUGAAUGGAACGAUGAAAAUUAUAAAGCAUUAACGAAAACUUUGGAUCAAUUUUUCCCACUUAUUAGAUUUAUGGAAAUUUCUCGUACUGAUUUUUUUGAUAAAGUUCGUCCUUAUAAAACUAUUAUUCCUAUUCAUAUUUAUAAUGAAAUUGAAGAAUUUUAUUAUAAAGAUACUUUACCAAAAAAUUUAUCAUCAUCUGUUAGAAUUAAAUUUUUAGAAAAAAUUGAUUCAAAAAUUAUUGAUCCAAAACUUGCAAAUAUAAUUUCUAAUUGGAUUGAUAAAAAAAAUCCCUCUAUUAUUAGAACUGAAAAUGAUUCAUUAUAUAAAUUUAAACUUAUUUAUCGUGGUAGUCAUGAUGGUAUUAAUAAUGAAUCAUUUAAAAGAAAUUGUAAAGGUCGAGUAGCAAGUUUGGUUUUAAUUAAAGUUAAAAAUACAGAUAAGAUUUUUGGUGGUUAUAGUUCUAUUGGGUUUAAUUCAUUAGGGAGUAGGAAUGAUUAUCUUCUUAAUAUUAAUGGGGUUCGAUUUUAUAAUUCUUUAGAUAAUUUUAUUUUCUCAUUUGAAAAUAGUAAAGAUAUUAAAAAUAUGAAAUCAAGUCAUAUAUUGAUUCAUAAAAAUGCAAUAAUAACAAAUUGUACGAAUGUUGCUUUUUGUUUUGGUCAAAAUUCAUUAUAUAUGAAGGAUAAUGAAUUAUAUGCAAAUAAUAAGUCUGGUGAUUAUGAAAAUAAUUUAAAUACUAAUACAAUUUAUAAUAUUGAAGAAAUUGAAACUUUUGUUGUAAUUAAAUAUCGUAAAUUUUGGAGAAAGUUAAACUUACAAAAAUUUAUUAAAUUUUAA